AUGACUUCGACAGCAGAGACCACCCCGCUACUCCCCCAGCACCAACAACGGUCGCAAUCCUCCAAUACGUCACCGCGAGCGACCCGUCCUCCGCGGACAGUGACCUUCAACCCUCUAGCGACUGUCAGCACGUACCAUGAUCCCACGUCCGCUGAUCCGACGUUCGGAUCGUCACGUUCAACGCAAUCCACCGCCUCUUCAUUUCCUGCUGGCCAGGGCGGGCAGCAACGCCCAAGCGGACUGUCCGCAUUGAACAGCAAACUACGCCGUCGCAACAGUCAUGGAGCUCCUUACAGCACGGCAAUCGCUUCUACGACUACCACACCGAAAAUUGGACCGCAACGAACUACAAAAACUGCACAGAAGCUGAAACUGCUUCCGGAUCCUGUCACAGCUGAGGAAGCUCUCGAGGGCGACUUUCCAUCGGAUGUAUACUCGCAAAUCACUCGAAUCAAGGAACCGACAGCUCGAAGUCAUGCUGCACGGUUGGGGAAAGCGGACCGAGACCGGCUACCAAGAGUGACGGCUUACUGCACAGCCAAUUCCUACCGACUCGACGGGGUGAUUCGCUUCCUUAAGGCUCGUUCCAAGACGCGGGGGGCUAACCCGAAACUGUAUGAUGAAUGUGUCUACUCGCCGUACGAUUAUCAAUAUGAGGACAAACAGAAUGGGAGAAGCGUCUCUGAAAAUCACAUGAGUACAGGGAACAGCAAUCCGUCUGAACGGAUCUCUCCAGAGCGCAGGUUUUCUGACAGCGUGGUGGAAAUCGAGGACAAUACUAAGUCCCGCAGAGAAGACCUCAUCGAUCUCCACGUAUCGAGUGAACAGUCUUCGAAUUUUUCCCACCGGCCUGAAAGUGCCAUUUCAACUUCCGAGUCGCAAACCCCCGAUUUUGACACUACAAUCCACACGCCCGAGGUGUUCCUGUUUGACUAUGGGACGGUCGUCAUAUGGGGAAUGUCACCAGCGCAAGAGUCGCGCUUUUUGUCCGACAUCUCCAAGUUCGCAGCCUCCAUCUUAAGUCCGGAGGAUACCCAGGUCGAGAAUUUCAACUUCUACUAUGCCCGUGAGUACCAGGCACGCAUAUACAACGACUUCAUCUCGCUUCGCGAUCCCCGAAACCACAUGAUCAAGCUGGCUAUCUCCCAUGCCUUAGCCCAGUCUGUAAAAACGUCACUGUUCGAAGAUCUUGUCUCGGAAACAAUCACAAAUACCGCCCCUCUGCCUGCGCAAAUCGCUCAAACUGGUAGUGUCAACCUCACGCGUCGCCAAAUCAAUAUGCAAAUCGGCGAGCUAUUUAUCCUGCGGAUCAAUAUUCACCUGCAGGGCUCAGUCCUCGACAGUCCAGAACUGAUGUGGGCUGAGCCACAGCUAGAACCGGUCUACCAGGCGGUUCGGAGUUACCUUGAAAUGGAUCAACGGGUGAGCCUUCUUACCGAACGGUUGGACGUCAUCGCCGAUCUUCUGGCCGUUCUGAAAGACCAACUGACUCAUCGCCACGGCGAGUACCUGGAAUGGAUUGUGAUUGUUCUUAUCGCCGCUGAGAUUCUCGUCGCCGCCAUCAACAUUGUGGUCGAUCUGUAUGCCGGAGUUGAUUAG